UUUCUUGUAGUGAAUAACAUGUAUUUCCCCAUAAUUACUCGAAGUCACAGAACAAGACAUUGCUUCUGGUUCAGUUUUUCCCCUGGCGAAAAGAUGGUGUCGAACAACACAAUCAAUAUUCCAUGACAAUACAACUGUGCAACAAUUUCGUCAAAAAUUAGACGACCUAUCACCUAGACAGUUUAUAUGGACACUGUACAGACGUCAUGACAUUUGUCAAAUCAUUCCAGUCCAAGUGCCCCCGACUUGUCGGGCAGUUGUGCCUCUGAUAUGUUUCUCUGUUGUAGAAUACCAACAAUCAGACCGUGUGAUGCGUCAAUUUGGAUUUCGACCAUCCACCGAUGAAUCUAGAUGAGGAACAUAAACAGGAUAUGAGAGGAUGCGCAGAUUGGAAUUGGCAAGAACACCAUCAACAGUGGGUUGCAUUAUGGAAUGACCGCCAUAAUCGUGUAUUUAACGGUAUUCCAUUCCAAAAAACUGGUCACUUGCGAGAUGAAUCCGAGUACAUGCAAUGGUAUAUAACUUAUACAAUCCGCUAUAUUGCUCUCAUAGAAGAUUCAACCGACGAAGAGCAGUAUGACAUGGAGCACGAACAACAGUUCCAACCGCAAUCUGCAUACCGUGCAUCACCACCGUAUCAUGAUCCACAAAGGUCUGCUUCUGACCAUGUCAACUAUCAACAUCCAUCUCUGAAUUCAAGGUUCGAACAACACAUCCCACCAACAUCAACAUAUCCUCAGGUUGAGACCUCUUAUUUCGCCUUUCCACCAUCAACACUGUUCAGUGAAGGUGCAUCAUCUUUUAGUGGAGGUCCUUCCAAUUAUUUUGGAACCUCGACAACGACUCCACCAUCUUCAUACCAACAUGCUUCUUCGUCACAAAACGUGUAUCGACCGAUCCUUGAUUUCCAAUACCUUCAACAGUCCAAUGAAAGUCAUCCCAGUGAUGAUGACCAACACACGCAGAGUCCCACACUACAACAACAACAACAAAGGCGAGGCCAACGACAACGACGAAGACCAACAUGUGGGACUGGAGGACAUAGAUAGAUUGCCUCAUCAAUUUAUUUAUAAUUAUGUAAUUUGUCUAUAUUUUCUUAAUUAAUGACAAAAAUUUAUAUCAUAACAAACUUUUAUCCUUUUUAGUUAUUAUUGCAC